AUGUCAAGGAAUUAUUUAAUAUUUAAUAUAAUAUGGUUAAUAAUUCAAAGAUUAAUUGAAGUAAAUUGCGAAAUAAAACCACAACGACGAAUUCAUCAUUCUGCUACAUACAUUAAUAAUAAACUAUACAUUUUAGGUGGACAAGAUAUAGAUGAAACUGACGUUGAUGGCGUAGAUAAUAAGACAUUAAUUUUAUACGGAGGAAGAAGUUUUCAAACUAAUGUAAAUAUGAACUUAGUUUAUAUGUUUGAUACGGAAAGUGAAUCAUGGAAAACAACAGCAGAAAAUUAUACCCAUAAGAGAAGUUUAUCGGGCUUAAUAAAUUCUAACGGGAAAAUGUAUUUAUUUGGUGGACGGUUUGAUUAUGGUAGAAUUGUGAAUGAUAUACUUAUUUUUGAUACAGUAAACACAAGUUGGAGAAAUGUAACCGAUUCAUCGGCACCUGCACCAAGGAUUAAUUAUGGUGCCGUCCUCUUACCUAAUCAAACUAUUAUCUAUUUAGGUGGCAUGAAUGCCAAUAAUGGUUCUUACUCAUUAAGAGAAGUCUAUUUAUAUGAUACUAAUAAUGAUCAUUGGGAUGUUAAGUUGUCUACAGGGUCAAUACCUUCAAAUAGGCAUGGAUUUUCUGCUGUACUUGGAUUGAAUGGUCAACAAAUCAUAAUAUUUGGAGGAAGAAAUGAAAAAUUAAAUGAAUUUGACCCGUCAAACUCACUUUAUACUUUAAAUAUAAACAGUUUACAAUGGAAUAUUCCAAAUGUUUCUGGGAAAAUUCCAAAAUCUCGUCAUAAUCAUAAAGCUAAUGUGUUCAGAAAGUAUAUGGUCAUUUCAUUCGGAACCAAUUAUGAUCAAAAGGAUGAAAGCGAUAUAUUACUUCUUGAUAUUAAUGAUAAUAAUAAAUUUAAGUGGACUUCACUAAAACAUAACAACAAUAAACUCGAAAUACUCUUAAUUAUAGGAAGUAUAAUUGUUAUAAUUGUUACUGUGGCAUCUAUAGGAAUUUACAAAUAUAAAAAAAGGAAAGAAACCCAAUAUGAAAUAGAUGUAGAUCGAGUGCCUUUAGAUGAUCUAAGUUUCUUGGGUAAUUAA